AUGCGGAGAACUAGAAUCUGGUAUCAGACUGAUUCGAAUUUUACUGAAACUGGUACAAAUUUUAAGGUUUCAUUGAGCACAAACAGAGAUUUUGAUACUUUUGGGGGACUUUUGAUUUGGCUCAGAAGCUUCCUAGAAGGAAGAAGGAACUGCUACAACUUAAAACGAAAACAAGGCAAGAACAACACGUACAAGGAUGACAUCUACGAUCGCAUGUGGCGCCAGAUUAAUGUUAAAUCAUGGCAUCCAUUCAAUAGCUCUGUAGAUAUUCAUACUCAAGGCAUAAACGAUUCUUAUAAAUUACCUGCAGCUCAAGGUUAUGUUCGUUUUAACAUUAGUGCAACAUUAGAAUCCGAUGCUCCCCCCAUCCUCAUUGCUUUUGAGGCUUUUAAACUGAUAUCUCCGUUACCUUCCCGACGGACAAGCAAGAUGGAAUUUGAGCGCAAGCAAAUUGACAGGAAACAUGAUUACGUCAUUCUCACAACUUAUAGAGUUAGAGUCAUUGUAAGUAUAAAACAGGAUUUAUCGUAUAACGACUUGUCAGGAUCGCUGCCAGAAUUUCUAGCUUAUUUGCCAAAGUUGAAACUCCUUAAUUUGACUGGCAACAAGCUAACGGGCUCAAUUCCUAAGGCUCUUAAAGAGAAGUCAGAUGUAAAUUUGCGAUUGAGUUUGUUUGAUAAUCCUGGUCUUUGUUUGGCGGAUUCAUGCAAAAAGAAGAAGUUUGUUAUUCCACUUACUGCAUCAAUUUCAGUCUUGAUCGUAAUCCUCUUGGUUUCUCCAGUGGUGUGGAUCGUCAAAAUGAAAAAUCUUAAAGUCAAGAUCACUGAUAACUUUCAAAACUUGAUUGGGGAAGGAGAAUUUGGAAAGGUUUAUUCUGGAACUCUCACAAAUAGUACUCGAAUUGCUGUUAAAGUACUCUCUCAAUCAUCCAUGCAGGGUUACAUGGAAUUUCGAUCUGAGGUAAAACUCUUAAUGGUUGUUCAUCAUAGACAUUUAGUUUCUCUGAUGGGCUACUGUGAAGAAGGUAUAGUGAGGGCAUUAAUUUAUGAAUAUAUGGCUAAUGGAAACCUUCAACAACAUUUAUCAGAUAAAAAACCAAAUGUUUUGAAAUGGAAUGAGAGGCUUCAAAUUGCAUUGGAUGGUGCACAAGGACUAGAUUAUUUGCAUAAUGGUUGUAAGCCACCAAUAGUCCAUAGAGAUUUAAAAACUUCCAAUAUUUUACUAAAUGAGAAUAUACAAGCCAAGAUUUCUGAUUUUGGGCUAUCUAGAGCUUAUGUAAAUGACAUCGACACUUACAUGUCAACCCACCCCGUUGGAACACUUGGUUAUGUCGAUCCUGAGUGA